UGUGAACCGAGAAUUAGUGCGCUUCAUAGUCGAAUCAUUUUCACAGCCUUCUGAGAGAAUGCUUCUUUCACGUGCUGUGUCUUCAGCCACACGGCUGUCAGUUAACCGUUUGGCCACCACCAUCAAGACGGCAACUACUAGUUGCGAUCCUAGUAGUCUUCGCCACCCCACAAACCAUGUCGCUCGUCGGACGAUCGUUAGUUCCGGAACGGUACGCGAAGCACCUUCGAAUCCCCUGUCUUCGCCCAAAGUCGGGGCAAAGUCCACCACCAAUUUGGAAGAUUCACCCGACCGCAGGGGGGGUGUGUCGAGGACCGUUCCAGGUUCGCGCCCCUCUUUGGUGAUAAGCGAAGCGCACGUCACGGAAGACCGGUCGAGGGUGCUGCUGGAGGUGGUGCUGCCACCGGGCGACACACUCGAUCCGUUGGUUGACCGGUUUGAGUAUCCCGCCGUUUGGUUGCGGGACAACUGUCAGUGCGAAGCCUGCUUUCACGGUGGUUCUUCGAGCCGCGUUCUCGACUGGCAAACGUUCGACGUGGAUCGUGUGCGGGUUGCCACGGCACAGCCGGUGGACGGUGGCCAAUCGUUGGAAAUCGUGUGGAGCACCGGUCACCGAUCGGUGUUCAACACCGCCUGGCUGUUGGAGCGUAGCUUCCGGCCGGAAGACACGGAAGCGUAUCUGGAGGAAUGGUACCGGCCGCCGCCGGUUCUCUGGGGUGCGACGGAGUUUGGGACGGUGAUGCAAGAGUUUGCCUUUGCCGAUGUACUCCACGAAGACGACGCAUUGAGGCAGUGGAUUGAAGCGCUCAUCCGGUAUGGGGUGGUCAUGAUUAAAGGGGCCCCCCUGACGGAACACGAGUGUCGUCGGUUGGCCAAUCGCGUUGGAUUUAUACGGAAAACUCAUUACGGCGAGGAAUUCAUCGUGAAGGCCAAGGAGGGCACGAGCAACGUGGCGUACCUGUCCACGCCGCUCCAGAUGCACACGGAUCUCCCGUACUACGACUACAAACCGGGAUGCAAUCUGUUGCACUGUUUGGUCCAAUCGACCGAUACCACCGGAGGCGGUGCGAACCUGAUCGCGGACGGGUUCUUCGUCACCGACCGACUCCGGCGCGAACACCCGGACGCGUUCCGGUUGCUCAGCGAAACCCUCGUCAACUGGUCCGACGUCGGGCAGGACGAAGGAGGGCACUUCCACAGUAUCUACCGGGCGCCGGUCAUCUGCGUUGGGCGCGACGGACGGUUGGAACGGAUUAACCACAGUGUCCCGCAGCGGGACAGCCACUUCUGUGGGGCGUCUCUCGAUCACGUCGAUCGCUGGUACCGGGCCAUGCAACGGUUCGUGACCGUCCUGCACCAGGAGGCCGUACAGUUCCGGACGGCACCGGGCGACAUCCUUACCUUCAGCAACGUACGGGCGGUGCACGGCCGCACCGGAUACACCGAUACGGCGCACCGAUCGCGCCACAUCGUCGGUGCGUAUCUUGAUUGGGACGAAAUCUACUCGAAGCUGCGGGUCCUGAAGGCUGCAGCAGCGAAAUAAAAGCACAACACACGAAGCGGGUUCGUUUUUUGUUUCUUCAAAUCAUAAUUCAUAUUUCGUUCCUCACUUGGCGCAGGCCGGGGGCUUACUACACACACAUGCUGACGGGGUUUUAAGUAAAACGGGUUGGAGGAACGUCUCCGCGGCACCGUGGAAGGAAAGUACGGAAGAAAGCGGAGGAAGUGUGUGUUGCGAUUUAAUCGUACAAAAGGGAGUAAGAGAGUGGAGUAAAUACUCCAUCGAGUGCCCGAGUGUAGCGCAAAACAACCGCCAAGAAAACCGCCGAGGGCUCAACACGCGACCCUUUAGAAUAACCUAUCCGCCUUCAGUUUGCUCCCCUUUUCCGCUAGGACGAACCGUCGCCACUAUAGUUUGUAUAUACUUUCGAUAAAAUCACAAUAUCUUUCUUAUCUCUGUUAAGCUUCCCUUCACUCGCGCGGCCAGGCAACCCUUUUGCGUUACAUUUACACAACAAAACGAUUCGCGGGGACUCGUAAUAAGUAGUUCUUUACCGUGUAAGCAUAUCGAUCGAGUCGUAAU